AUGAAUGAAACAAUUAAUCUCCAUUGUGACCCGCGAACAGAGCAGUAUAAGCUUGCUCUAACUGUUGGUAUUUGGUUUUAUAAUCUAAUGCCAUUCUUUAUUGGACUUUUGAUCAAUUAUUUCGGAAGUCGUUUUGUUAAACUUGUCGCCGCACUUUUUCAUAUAGCUGGAUGGCUUACUUUAGCUUUUGUGGAACCAGGUAAAGAUUAUCUUAUAUUCCUUCAUACUAUUUUUACGUCGAUUUCGUCGGCCAUCAUUCUCAUAACUGGCUUUGCCUAUUGUCGUUAUUUUGGUGAUGGUGUUCGUGCUGUUAUUUCUUCAAUAGUUUCUGGUGCAUCGAUCUCGUCGACAAUGUGGUUUUCAAUUUUUCAAGUAAAUCAUUGA